AUGGAAGAGUUGCAAACCUAUGACAGUUCAAACUCAAGCAAUAGUGAUAGCAAAAUCAGUGUUGAAAAGAUGGCAUGCACUGAAGAACUUGAGAUUCGAUCAGAUAUUAUGGUGGAUUGUACUAGUCAUUUUACGGCUAAACAGGUUUUUGACAGCAAAGAUGAAUUACUCACUUGGGUACGAGACAUUAGAAGGAUAAAUGGCUUUGUUAUUAUUAUAAGGGCGUCGGACUAUGGUGACGGUCGUAAGAGACCAAGAAUUUAUCUUGCUUAUGAGCGGAGUGGGAAGUAUAGAUUGCGUAAAAAGCUGAAAGAUGGUCCAAAAGACUUAUUGAGACAAACUGGUACAAAGAAGUGCGAAUGUCCAUUUGAUUUGAGGGUAUUCAAGUUGAAAACAAACGAUGAAUGGACAUUGAAUGUAGUUUGUGGGCUGCAUAAUCAUCCAGCUGCGGAGCAUCUCCAAAGACAUUCAUAUGCAGGGAGAUUGUCAGCUAAUGAAAAGUCGCUAUUAGUUGAUAUAUCAAAGAGCCUAAUAAGACCAAAAGAGAUACUCAUUACACUCAAACAGAGGGAUGCCCUUAAUAUGAGCACAAUGAAGACAGUUUACAAUGUACGACAUCGAUGUAGGGUUCUACAGAAAGCUGGUAGAUCCCAAAUGCAACAACUGCUAGGUGAAUUAGUGAAACAUAAGUACAUUGAGCAUCAUCGAUGUGAGGAAGGCUCUAUGACUGUCACGGACUUGUUUUGGGCACAUCCAGUGAGUUUGGAUUUGCUUUGUACAUUCCCUCGUGUGUUGAUUAUGGAUUGCACAUAUAAAACGAAUAGAUAUCGGCUUCCUCUUCUUGAAAUUGUGGGAGUAACAUCAACUCAUAUGACAUUCUCGUGGCUAUCGCAUACUUGCAAACUGAGCGGGUUGAUAAUUAUGCAUGGGCGUUACAAACAUUGCGUGAUCUUAUGGACGACAGUGUUUUACCUGAAGUCAUUGUCACAGACAGAGAGCUUGCUUUGA